ACCAAGAUAUAAUCAUGGAACCUACAGAAAUUAAUACUGAAGAACAAGACCAAGUUAUAGCAAAUAUUGCUACCCAAAACCUUGACCAUGAUUAUAAACCAAAAGAAUUAGAUGCCAAAAACUGGAAAGAAAAAACAGCUCAAUACAAAAUGUACGAUGAACCACAACUAGAUAUUAAAGAAAAAGAACUCUGCACAGAAUGCAAAUAA